AUGUGUCUGUGUCCAGGCGAGUACGAGUACUACCACUACCUCCAGCCCACCGGCACCGGCCGCACGGACAAGUAUGACGACAACGGCUGGGGGUGCGCGUACCGAUCGCUGCAGUCCAUCAUCAGCUGGUUCCGGCUGCAGCGCUACACGUCGCACCCCAACCCGAGCCACUACCAGAUCCAAAAGACGCUGGUCGACCACUGCGGCCAGGAGGCGGACGGGCUGCUGGGGAAAAAAAC